GCAGUUACCAUGGUUAUCCCUGGCCCCUGAGGAUGGAGUAUGAAGUGCCCGAGCAGCUGUGGACCUGUGAUUCCUGUACCCUUACCAAUGGUGAGGGAAGAGAUACAUGUACAGUCUGUGGGAGGGAAAGACAGCUGUUUCCUGGACAACACUGUCCCCCUCUGGAGCCCCGCAAUAUCAGAGAUGGGGCAACUAGUCAUACAAGUCCUCUCUCACCGCAGGGAGGAGUCAGACCAAAAGUUUUGACAAGUAAUUCUAAAGUUCCUCCCCCUAGACCCUCCCCUCUUGGAGGUCCAACUGAUCCUAUCACUGUUGACAUGGAGACUACACAGGGACAACUUUGGGAUUGUGACAAUUGUGCAAUGAAAAAUGUAAGGGGCUCUGAUAACUGUGUGAAUUGUCGGACACACAAGGAGGAGGAAGUAAUUAUCAUUAAUGAUGACGAUGAGUAUGUUGUCCGAUACAACCAUAUCUCUUCCCCAACUGUUUUGGAGCCUGCAAAUUCCAUGGCUCCAACAAGGAAAUCUGAACCAACAUUGGAGAAGGCUAGCAAGGAAAAACCUGCACCACAGGAAUGGGCUUGUAAACGCUGCACAUUGACAAAUGCUCCUGGUAACAAAAAGUGUUCGUUAUGCGAAACUCCAAAGGAAAUUAAGAUGCCAACCUUAGCUUAUGAUAGAACUGAUGAGUUUCCUACUUCAAGUAAACGAGGUGUCCCAGACGGUAUGGAGUCUGAGUCCCAUAAAAAUAAAAACGGUGUCCAAAGGCAGGUGAAAACUACGAAAGGAAAUGAAUCCGGUGUAAUGCCCAAAACACGUGAUAAUGCUGGAAUAUCACGGAGGUCAAAAUCUGACACUCUAGUUGCUAUGACAGAUGAAUGGGUGUGUAAGUCAUGCAGUUUUUCAUGUAAUCCUUCUUGGAGUGCAAAGUGCACGUGCUGCUUGGUGUCAAGACAGACAACUCCUGCUGGUAGUUCAAGUCCUGCCCAUCAAAGAGCAAGCAGUAUUCCUGUCUCCCCACCAGACAGGCUUUUGAUGAUCAGUCAGUCCUCAAAUAGAGCAGAAACAGGUCACUCAGAAAAACAAUCCCCCAGACUGAAUCAUAAUCCCUUAGGUAAACGUUCAGUAACUAAGUUAAAAUCAGAAGAUGUGAGUUCCCCACCUAAAAGUAAGACAAAAUUUUGGAAUUGCCCUUUAUGUACUUUUCAGAAUCCAAAAACAGUUCUAGCAUGUGGUAUGUGUGGUACUGAAAAGGCAAUGCCAUCCGAUUUACAUUGGAACUGUCCCAAAUGUACUUUAAGAAAUCGAAAAGAAGUGACUGUCUGCAAAGCAUGUGGAAGCAAAAUGAAAAGUGAAACGGAAAACAGCACAGGAAGUAGAGACGGUGAUGAGAUAGGUAUUGAUGUCCAUGCUGGUGUUACGGGCAGUGAAAAGGAUAGCAGUAUUCAAACGCCAAGGCAAUCUCCAGGCGGAAAAAAAAUCGGACGAGAAUCAGGUGUCUCGGAAGAUACAUGUACACAAAAGAUAACUCCAGCUAGAAAGCAACCAGAAAGGAAAUCAAAUUUCCUGGAAGAUUUACAGAGAUUAACAUCGCCUAAAGAGGAGUCAUCUGCGGCAAGUGCUUCUCAUAAAUCCAGUCAAGGAAAGGACAAAACAGACAAAAGUUCUAUAGGAAAAGACAAAAAACUGAAAGGUUCUUUAGGUAAAGACAAACCUGACAAAGGUUCUUUAGGUAAAGACAAACCUGACAAAGGUUCUUUAGGUAAAGACAAUAGUUUAGAUAAGGUUAAAAGUGUAUGGUCUUGUUCUGAAUGUACCUAUAAGAACUCACUAAAUAACACUCAGUGCAAAGUUUGUAGAACACUCCACACAAAGACAGACGUUUCGUCUAGCAUGUCAUUACAACGACAGCAGAGCACACUCAUGGAUGAUAUACGAAAGACAGAAGAAAGCGAUGCUCUGGAGUUGUGGCAGCAUAUUACUUUCUUUUGUCGCCAGCAGAAGGAACCAUUUAUAGAUGACGCUUUCCCUCCUGCUGUUAAAUCCCUGUUUUAUGAUAGUUCUGCACCAUUCACGUCCACAACUGUAAAUUGGUGUCGGCCUGAUGACAUCACAAUGGACCAAGUGGGUGAGGAUGAAAUACCUUGGGCAGUGUACAGGACACCAAUGCCAGAGGACAUUUCACAAGGACUUCUGGGUAACUGUUGGUUCCUGAGUGCAUUAGCAGUGUUGGCAGAGCGUCCAGAACUUGUAGAGAAGAUCAUUCUGACAAAAGACUACUGUCCUCAGGGAGUUUACCAGGUUCGACUGUGUAAGGAUGGUAACUGGCAGAUUGUCCUUAUUGAUGACCUUCUGCCUUGUGACCCAAGGAACAAACUCAUGUUCUCACAGGCCAAGAGAAAACAACUGUGGGUGCCCCUGAUUGAGAAAGCUAUGGCCAAGCUUCAUGGCUGCUAUGAGGCAUUGAUUGCUGGAAAGUCAAUAGAAGGCCUUGCCACCUUGACAGGUGCCCCAUGUGAGAAUAUUGACCUUCAAGAUAACCAGCAAAGAGAAGAAGAUAUUGACCCAGACUUUAUCUGGGCUCGCCUGCUGAGUUCACGAGAUGCUGGGUUCCUGAUGGGAGGGUCCUGUGGAGGGGGCAACAUGAAGGUAGAUGAAGAGCGUUAUGAGUCUGUAGGUCUGAGACCAAGACAUUCUUACUCCAUCUUGGAUGUCAAGGAUGUAGAGGGAAACAGGUUAAUACGACUUCGGAAUCCAUGGGGAAGGUUCUCAUGGAAAGGUGACUGGUAUGAUAACUCGCCUUGUUGGGACACAAUUAGCUAUCAUGCCAAAGAGGAUCUCAUGCUACAUGGUGACAAUGCAGGCAUCUUCUGGAUGUCCCUCAGUGACCUCAUGAUAUAUUUUGACAGCAUUGACAUUUGUAAGGUGCGACCUGAUUGGAGGGAAACUAGGAUCAAUGGGACUUUGCCAUCCAAUGCCAGAGAGUCUUUCAAAAUGGUGAAGCUAACAGUGUUCUAUACAUCUGAAGUGGAGAUUUGUCUGUUCCAGGAAGGAAUGAGGAGUACUAAGACAGAGAGUAAGAACCCAGCUGACCUCUGUGUGCUGAUACUAAGAGACUCGUCAAACACCACCCAGGCGUUUGGUCCCCUGGUGGAGAGUAGCCAGAGACAGAUCCGGAGUUUUGUUGGCUGUAGUAAGAUGCUGGAGCCUGGGGAGUAUAUUCUUGUCCCUUUGGCCUUCAACCAAUGGACUCUCAGUACAAAGCCAGUAGUGAAACAUGAAUUUGUGCUGACAGUUCAUAGCUCUAAAGCUCUGAUGGUGGAAGAACUGGAUACAAAACCUGAUAAGUAUCAGUAUGCUAUGGCUAGUGCAGUAAUGGAGCUUGCUGUGGCCAAGGGCAAACGUGAGGGUGUGAGAGAGACUGUGACGGUUUACUCUCUCAUGCACGGCUGGUCUGGAGGAUUUUUUGUCGUGGAAAAUCGAAAUGCUGACCGAUGUCUCCACAUCAAGUGUGAUUGUACAGAGAGUUCUAAUGUUGUGUCAACUCGAGGGGUGCUCAAAACUGCUGAUUGUAUUCCACCACUGCACAGACAGGUGUUGAUGAUACUGAGUCAGCUGGAGCGCAGUGCCCCCUACCAUCUGUCUCGUCGACUUCUACAUCGUAUGGAUCGUGUACCAACUGGACUUGGGGACUGGGCGUCACCUGGUGUGAAUCAUGAUCCUCUACUCACAGCUCAUGUGAUGGGCCUCCAUACACCACGACCCCUGUAACCUGUCAAUCAUUUCAAACCUCGAUCUCAUGUCUGUCUAUCUAUCGGUCAAUGAAAUGUAAAGAUAGGACAAAUAUGAAGCAAGGGUCAACCAACACCACACUUUAAUUGAAAUACCUGGAAAUCUCUUCAAGGAUGUUGUUGAGUAUUUGUUUUAGAACACAGCAAACUGAUAUGAUCAUACUCCUCUUUGAAUAUUUUGAAGCACUUUGAUAUUAAAAUUUAAAGAAAAAAUUCUUUAAUUUAAUUUAAGUUUAAUUCUACAACAUAUAAGUUAGUGGAAGCCUGACUCAGUGAAAGGUAACAACUUCGGCAGGGAUAAAAUUGAGUUAUUGAAAUCAGGUAGUUAGAGUGGUCAAUUUUCAUAGGUGCAGCCAUCCAAAAAAGGCACUAGUCAUAUUUAAUGGGUAGAGUGAAUUCCAGUGGAAAGAGUUCUGUUUAUUAGGUAGAGUCAUUUCCUAUCUGGAGGAUUAAAUUUUUUUAAAGUCAUAUUGGGAUGAGAAGAUUUUAAUAGGUCGAGUCCAUCCAUGACAAGGAGAUUCUAUUUUAAUUUUAAUGAGUCAGUUUACAGUUGGAAGAUUUCAUUUUAACUUUUAGAGUCCAUUCACAUUGCAUGAUCUUGACAUAAGUUAAAUAAGUCAAAUCUCAAUUCUAAGAGUUUGAGUUAAUUAGUCACAUUAGUGUAGGAGAAGUAUGUUUCAAGUCAAAAUGGGAGGAGACAUUUUAUCUAGAGGUCAAUACAUGUAUGUCAAGUCACAGCAGAGGGAUUCAAAUUUAAUGGGAGAAUGUACAAGUAAUUCAGAGUCUUUUCAUCCCCCAAUCCCCCCUAAACCCCAACCGCACCCUCACUCCUGCUUCAAACAAUGACAAUGAGCCUUUGUUUAGAAUGUAUGAGGGAUAGACUAAAUCGAUGGAGUAGUCAGUGUACAUUGUAAGAUGUAUGAAUAACAAUGAGUUUGAUUUAUGAAUACAUUCUUGCUGAAAUGAAGAUAAUUUUAGUAUCAAUUAUUGACAUGUUUUAGUGUACAAAUUAAGCCAUGUUUUAGUUUACAAAUUAAGCCAUGUUUUAGUUUAGUAUCACAAUCACUUGCCUGUUUAAACACGACCACACAUUUAAGUAGAAAUAGUGACACAAUUUAGUAAAGAGACAUUUUUUAAUUUGCCUGGUGAUAUGAACUGCAGCAUUUUUGUUGUUGACAAAUUUUCCUUAUUUUUAUAGUUAAGCACAGAAGGUCUGCAGGUGCCUUUUUGAUACUUUUAAUUGUUGUUAUCAGUCUUAUCUUGUAGUAAUGUGAACAAUCAAUAGGUAGAUAAAACUGUGGAGGGUAUGAUACAACUUUAAUGUAAUUCUGACCUGCUGAAGUUUUAAUCAAUUUUUUGAUAAAUACUGAGUAUGUAUUAUACCAAUUAUAGACACACCAAGUGCUUUCCAAGAUCAGAGAGAUGCUGGGAAUACACUAUUAAGUUUCAGACAAGCUAUUCUGUACUUAAUGUUUUUAUUUAGGGACAAAUAAAUGCUGAUAAUGUCAUUCUAACUAUAUGAAAUCUAGCAUCAUUCUAUCGAUUCAAUUGUUAAUCUAUCAUUUCAUGAGAGAAAUCUAUGUUAGGAGCUGAAUAUAUGUAAAAUCACAGGGACUCUAGUAAUUUGGUUUAGUAUUUCAACUUAUUUGCUUUUGUAUCUUAUUUCUGCAAAUGUUGCUUUUGGAAAGCUCAUAACUUUUCUGAUACUAGUAAUAAUACAUUGAGUAAUAUCAAACUAAAUACCUGUGGUUAUCUGUUAAUGGAAAACUCAUAACUUUUCUGAUACUAGUAAUAAUACAUUGAGUAUUAUCUAGCUAAAUACCUGUGGUUAACUGUUGAUGGAAAGCUCAUAACUUUUCUUACACUAGUAAUAAUGCAUUGAGUAAUAUCAAACUAAAUACCUGUGGUUAUCUGUUGAUGGAAAACUCAUAACUUUUCAGAUACUAGUAAUAAUACAUUGAGUAUUGUCUGGCUAAAUACUUGUGGUUAUCUGUUGAUGGAAAGCUCAUAACUUUCAGAUACUAGUAAUAAUACAUUGAGUAAUAUCAAACUAAAUACUUGUGGUUAUCUGUUGAUGGAAAGCUCAUAACUUUUCUGAUACUUGUAAUAAUACAUUGAGUAAUAUUUAGCUAAAUACUUGUGGUUAUCUGUUGAUGGAAAGCUCAUAACUUUUCUGAUACUAGUAAUAAUACAUUGAGUAUUGUCUGGCUAAAUACUUGUGGUUAUCUGUUGAUGGAAAGCUCAUAACUUUUCUGAUACUUGUAAUGACACAUUGAGUAUUAUCUAGCUAAAUACCUGUUGUUAUCUGCAGAGAUGUGUUGUAUCAUAUGACCACAAUAUGACUGACUUCACUGUAUAGUGAUAUUGAAAUACAUUACUUGCAUUCCUCUUUUUUUAGAAAUUGUUUACAAAAUGUUAUCAGUUUCACUUGAUUUUUUAUGUUUAUAAUUACGGCAUUCAGUGUUUCAUUAUUAAUUUUUGUAAUUAAUUGUUACCAUGUUAAACUGCAAUGACCACAGGUGGUCAGCACAUUUCCUUGGCUGGUCAGUAGUCAGGAAUGGGCUUAUUAAUACUGGUACAGGAAAAUAAAAAAGCAUUUACUCUCAUCUGUUAAAAAUAUAGAUUAGACACUGUAUGAUAAUUUUGUAUGUUUUAUAUUUUUGUUGAUUUUCUAGGUAUUUUAAUCCGUGAAUUUAUUGUCCCUGAGAUGAUAAAACAGUUAAAAAUUAACACAAUUGUUUUGUACAAAUGAAUAUAGUGAUUACUUUUGAUCCUCAAAAAACAAGAGCCAACAAAGUCAUAAAUUUUGAAGAAUCAUGAAAUUUAAACCUUACAGAUAUCUUUUGAUUUUACGGUAUGGAUCGGCUUCUUGCUGUUUAAAUAUGUAAAGUGAUAUUUCUUGCCAGGUAAAGUUUUAUCCUACCUGUUGUUAUCAAUAUCAUGAGGUUGUUAUCAAAGUUGCAAUGUGAUUACUGCAUAGUUGGAAAUUUUUGCGGGUUUACAUUGUUGAUUUUUUUUAUCGGAGAUGUCUGAUUUUUCAGAAAUGUUAAUCUUUGCUGGUUCUCCAUGAGCAUAUUUUCGUUUUAAAGGUCCCAGAGUCGAGCCUGAACAAUAACACAGCUUUUCUUGUACUUUUAGUUUUUAUUUCUAACAAUAUUUCUGGUUCCUCUCGCACCAGCACUUAUGUUGUUUAGCUGCUGAAAGGAACACUCACUGAAUGCAGUCUGGAUAGAAAAAAUGCAGAUGAAAUUAAUGAUACAUUUAUUAUAUAAAUUUUUUUUUUUUUGUCAUACCAGGUCUGCAUUCAGCAAAACAUUCUUGUAAAGGCUUCCCUUUUGUACAGCACAUAUAAGUAUUACUAUCACAACAUUGUUAUUAACCUUUUUGUGUUUAACAAGUAUUUGUGUUCAUUUUAACAUGUUCUUUAAUUUGAAAUGUGUUACAAAAUGAUAUUGAUGAAUUCAGUCCCCUUUACUGCCCUCUGUUGGUGACUGUUUAAUUACAAGAUUAGAGAUUUCAUUAUAAUUAAAAUUAUAUAAAAUACUGCCAAACAAACUUAGAUACUGACUGUAUCUGGUUCCAUUUGACCAUACUCAGAAAUAAUUAUUUUAAAACACUCCAUUACUACCUCCAUUUUCCAGGUGUUUCAGUCAUACAUAUCGGAAAUCAUUCAUCUGAUACUGCAUGUAAUUACACACAAGUUAUAUGGAUGUGUAAAUUGUUAUCAUUUUCAAAUCUUUAAUUUCCAUUACGUAAAAACUUGCCAGAACUUUGUUUCUCUUAUGGAGAUAUGGAACGAAAUAAAAUCGGGGAGAGCUUAUGUUUUAUUUCAUUUGAUGGUGUUUUUUUCAUGCUUUAAAACACUAACCAAGAACAUUUCAUUCAGGAGUGGUUUAUUUAGAAAUUACACAUCAUAAUUUUGUGUUGUGGUUCCAUGAUAUUAAGCUUCAGGAUACCUUGAAUGAGACCUGUGAUUUUUAUUGUUAAAAAAUUCUUUCUUGAGAAAUUUGUUCACAGCUUUAAAUACCAAAUUAUGUAAUAACAGAUAAAGAGAAUUUAUUUCUUUUUAAGAGACGGAAGAAUUCUGCCACAAGAAACGGUUGUUGAUAUUACAAAUGAGAUUGAAUUAUGCUUUUUGGUCAUUAUGGAAAUAAGCCUUAUUUUUAAAGCAUGGUGGACCAAAUGAACUGCUGGUGAAAUUGUGUACAAUUUUUAUGGUGGUCAGAGCUUGUCCAUGGGAGACCCCUGUCAUCAGUAAUUGUUGACAUUAGGAUUCGUAUCGGAAGUGCAUAAUAAUGUUUUAUUAAAGGCAUCUUUAGUGAUGACAAGUAAGAUUGCAUUGGAUUAGUUCCAUUUACUUUGUAGUGCCUGCUUGUAAAGCAUGGAUGUGGGAUAUGUACGCUUCAUCAUGUUUCGGUACUGUUUACCAAUGUUUAAGGUAGAUACGUUUUUGGUGAUAUACAUGUGUUACAUGUAUGUGAUAAGCAUUAUUUUUUCAAAAUAAAAUUUCUU